GUCUUCUGCAAUCGCGAGUUGAGGAUGAACGACGUCAAGGUGAUUGGCUUCGACUAUGAUUACACCCUCGUCUCAUACAAGUGGGCCCUCCAGGAUCUCGUGUACGAGAGGGCGAAGAACUACCUGCUACAGCGUCUGCGCUACCCGCCGUCGCUCGGCGAGUGCUCCUUCGACCGAAGCUUCCCAAUCCGCGGCCUUGUCUUUGACCGCCGCCACGGCGUCCUCAUGAAGCUGUCCUACUCGCUCGCCAUCCACGCAGACACGGUCCAUCUCGGCCGCCGUCGACUCCAGCACGACGAAGUGAUCGAGCUAUACGGCGACGGGCACACCGAGCGCCCCGCGUGCCUGCUCGCCGACGUCGUCCAACUGGCGAUCGACGCGGACAUUCCUUUUGACCCGGCAGCGCUCGCCGCAGAUGUGUCCUCGGCCAUCAGCUGGGUCCACCUCUCCGGAGCGCUGCACGACACCGUCGCUGCAGACCCCAACCAGUACCUCGAGCCGAGCCCGAGGCUGGGCGAGAUGCUCGAGCAGGCACGCCUCUCCGGCAAGAAGCUCUUCUUGAUGACCAACUCCUCCUUCGCCUUUGCGGACGCGGGGAUGCGCUUCUUGCUGGGGGACCAGUGGCAGAGCCUCUUCGACGUUGUCGUCACGCUCGCCCAGAAGCCCGCCUUCUAUCGACGAGACUCCGCCUUCCGAGUGAUGUCGCAGCACGGCUUCGUGAAGUGGAGUCAGGCGGAGCACGCCGACGUCGCCAAGGGUCGCGUGCUCGUCGGUGGUUCCCUGCGGGAGCUUGCUCGCCUGACAGGAUGGACAGGCAGACAGGUUUUGUACGUCGGGGACCAUCUGAUGGCGGAUCUGGCGGAGCCGCGGCGGCAGGCCGGCUGGGCGACGGCGGCCAUCGUGCGAGAACUGGAGGAGGAGCUUUUGAUACAGACGACGGAGCAGUACAAGGACUACCACACGCGGGCGCUCGCGGUCAGCUCGAUGCUCCGCCGGCUGCAGAGCCUGGACCUGCCCGAGGAGGAGCGGGACGCCGCUCUCGACGCGCUCGAGGCUCUCUCUGCGGAGCGCCACAGAAUACGCUGCUGCGCGCCCGGGCUGUAUAAUUCAAGCUUUGGCUCGGUCUUCCGACACAAUGCCGACUCCACUGCUUACGCCUUCGCCCUGAAACAGCACGUCGACCUCUACACCUCGCGGUUGGAAAACCUGCUGGCGUACUCGCCUCACCACCGCUUUUACGCGACGCGAUGCAAAAUCCUGCCGCAC